CUGAAGUGUAGGUGAGAGACAAGGUUGGCUCACCUCCUGGGAACUAGGCUACGACUAGGAAAGAGGAAGCACGGCCUUAACUCCAACGGGAGCCACGGCCUCUGCCCCGCAAAGUGCUACUGAGAAAAGCAAAAGAUUAAGGUAAUGCUCCAGUCUUCACCAAGGCCACGACUUCAGAGGUACUGAGGUUUUGGUUGAUCCUUUGUUCCUGGUUAUUGAAAGCAGACCCCAAAGGAGAAGUCACAGCAAAGAAGUUGCCACAAAGCAGCCCCGCAGGCCCCGGAGCCAAGCUGGAGGCGAGACUCGGGGAAAGCGGGGACCAUGCUGACCCUGCGCCCUCGCAAGAAGCCGCCACGGCUCCCGGGAAGGCUGCUGGGGGCGCGGACGCCGGAGCUGGGUGUCCCCAGGUGUGUCGUGUGUGCGGGGACAGGGCGACCGGCUACCACUUCAACGUCCUGACGUGUGAAGGAUGCAAGGGCUUUUUCAGGGUCCGGAGAGAAGUGUCGCUGGGGCCCCGUGGCCUAGGGUCCCGGGUGGCCCCCAACCUGCCUUUCGCUCUCCGACCUCCCGCAGGAGAACCGUGAAACGCAACACGCGGCUGAGGUGUCCCUUCCGGAAGGGCGCCUGCGAAAUCACGAGGAAGACCCGGCGACAGUGCCAGGCCUGCCGCCUCCGCAAGUGCCUGGAGAGCGGCAUGAAGAAGGAGAUGAUCAUGUCCGACGCGGCUGUGGAGCAGAGGCGGGCUCUGAUCCGGAGGAAAAAGCGAGAACGGAUGGGUGCGUCGCCGCUGGGAGCCAAGGGGCUGAGUGAGGAGCAGCAGACUAUGAUCAGAGAGCUGAUGGAGGCCCAGAUGAAAACCUUUGACACCACCUUCUCCAACUUCAAGGAUUUCCGGCUGCCGGCCGUGUGCAGCAGCGGGCGCGAGGUCCCAGGAGCCGCGCACACUCCAGUGGGGGAGGAAGCUGCCAAGUGGAGCCAGAUCAGGGAGGAUCUGUGCUCCCUGAAGGUGUGCCUGCGGCUGCGGGGGGAGGACGGCAGCGUCCAGAACUACAAACCCCAGGCCGACCGCAGCGGCGCCGAGAUCUUUUCCCUGCUGCCCCACAUGGCCGACAUGUCCACCUACAUGUUCAAAGGCGUCAUCAACUUUGCCAAAGUCAUCUCCCACUUCAGGGAAUUGCCCAUCGAGGACCAGAUCUCGCUGCUAAAGGGGGCCACCUUCGAGGUGUGCCAGCUGAGGUUCAACACGGUGUUCAACGCAGAGACCGGAACCUGGGAGUGUGGCCGGCUGUCCUACUGCCUGGAAGACCCUGCAGGCGGCUUCCAGCAGCUUCUCCUGGAGCCGGUGCUGAAGUUCCACUACAGGCUGAAGAGGCUGCAGCUGCAUAAGGAGGAGUAUGUGCUGAUGCAGGCCAUCUCUCUUUUCUCCCCAGACCGCCCAGGUGUGGUGCAGCGCAGCGUGGUGGACCAGCUGCAGGAGAGAUUUGCCGUCGCCCUGAAGGUCUACAUCGAGUGCAAUCGACCGCAGCCUGCCCACCGGUUCCUGUUCCUGAAAAUCAUGGCCAUGCUCACCGAGCUUCGCAGCAUCAAUGCCCAGCACACCCAGAAGCUGCUGCGCAUCCAGGACAUACACCCCUUCGCCAGCCCCCUCAUGCAGGAGCUGUUCAGCAUCACGGAUGGCUGAGCCGCUGCCUCAGGAGAGCCUCCAGGGGGGGCAGCCAGAGCCUGAGCCCUCGGAGCUGCCAUUCCCCAGGACUAGAUAGACAGAUGGACACCGCUGAGAGCUGACAAUGCCCUACAGGCCCUGCCUCCCCAGGCAUCUCCCAGCCACAGCUCUGGCAAUGCUGCCUCACAUUGGAAGGGGACAAGGGUCUCGCCAGCCCCCAGCUCAGUCUGUGGAGAGUGAAGGCACGGACACUUGGAUGGAGAGCGCACGGCCUAUCGGUCAGGCCAUCCAGAGGCAAGACCACCCUCCCCUUAGAAAUGGGCCUGUGCUCUGGGGGAUCUAGUGCCAUGGUGGGAGAGGGCAAGGGUGCUUGGGGCUGGACCAUCUGAGAGUCUCCCCACACCCAAGUUCACUAGCUCCUUGGGUGCUUUCACUAAGUACCCCUGUGUCCCCCACCCCACUCGUUCCCCACCUGCAGCCUCCUGUCCUGAGCUCCUUAGUGUGCCCCAGGCCUGUGUUCAUCAGCAGGUGCUGUGGGAGGUCAGUGAGAGACCCUGUGAGGGGCCGGCAGCAAACGUCAGAGGCUCGUCAUGACCUCUUCUGCCUUCUGGGGCCCUCAUUCUGUGCCUCUGCAUCCAUCUGAACACAUUCAGGAGCACCAACAGAAUGCAGCUUGCUGGGGGGUAUACGCCCACUCAGACGUGGUUCCUGACCUUCAAGACUUUGAAGCUCAACCCAAGGAAACAAAGCAGAAACACAAGUGACUUUGAUCCAAAGAAGUGACAUAAGCAGCACAAGGACUCUCUUCCUGUGAAUGCCAAGCUCUGUGGGACUCUGCAUGCCCUUGAGGACCCAAGUGAGGGAUCUCUGGAACGCGUGUUCAUGGGAGGAAGGGUGCUAACCAGUGUGUGCACAUGUGUGGGACUUGGUUAGGUCUGCUCCACAUCUGAGCUGGGGCUUGCGUUUGCCCCUGACAUCUGACGGCUGUUGGUGUAAAAACAAAAAUGACCUAACUUGGUUUGCUCAUAAAAUGAUUAUUGCACGUAAAAAUCCAUAUAGAAAUGAUACACCUCCCCAACAUGCUGUAUGUGUUUAUAUGUAUAUAGAUGAUAGAUAGAUGAUAGAUAGAUACCAAAAUUAAAAAUGGAGAAAUUGGGGAUCCCUGGGUGGCGCAGCGGUUUGGCGCCUGCCUUUGGCCCAGGGCGUGAUCCUGGAAUCCCGGGAUCGAAUCCCACGUCAGGCUCCCGGUGCAUGGAGCCUGCUUCUCCCUCUGCCUGUGUCUCUGCCUCUCUCUCUCUCUCUCUGUAUGACUAUCGUAAAUAAAUUUAAAAAAAAUUAAAAAAAAAUGGAGAAAUUGAAUUAAAUACUCCUUGCCAUCCCCCCAGAUUUACCAUCCUCUUCUGCCUCAAGGAUAUAGAGCUCAUUUUUAAAAAAGAAACUGAGGAGAAAAAAGAGCUCCUCUUUCCAAAUAUGACAAAUACAGAUUUUGUUCCCAGUUUUGUCUCAUUUGGAAAUAUAAAUUUUAUUCAACUGUAUUCAUAAAUCCUAUGCAUCUCCUCUUCCCCAUUGAGUUAAUUUUAAAUUAAUUUCGGGCUCCUGAAUGAAUUCAAGGGCCCGAGAUAGUUGUUAAAUAUAGGCUAUAGUGAGGCAAAAAUUGGGAUGGGCUGUAAACUGUCCUGGUAUUGAUUUUAAAAAUAGCUGGGCAGCUGAAUUGAUAUGUACGUAGGAUUUAUAUGUUUUAUAAAAACUGUUGUAGUCCAAGUGUAGUUAAGAUUCAAGGUGAGAUACACCAAAUUGCUCACACAGGAUAUUUCAAUAACUUUGUGGAUCUUGAGUUUAUAGGGCUAGGAGCCAGAUUGCACUUUCCUACUCUCAACAUUUGGACUGCUCCAUUACUCCCUCUCCUGAGCCUUUGAGUGCAUAGAACUGUCAGUUCUGGGGCUGCUGUUCAUUUUCUAGGUCUUGCCUCAGGUGAGGCAAAGCUCAGGAGAAAAGCUCUUCUAAGUUCUUUUUUUUUUUUUAUUAAAGAUUUUAUUUAUUCAUGAGCGACAUAGAGGCAGAGACAGAGGGAGAAGCAGGCUCCAUGCAGGGAGCCUGAUGUGGAACUCGAUCCUGUGUCUCCAGGAUCAUGCCCUGGGCUGAAGGUGGCGUUAAACCACUAAGCCACCCGGGCUGCCCUCUCCUAAGUAAGUUCUGCUGGCCUUCUGGCCACCCCCACCCACCAUUAGCCAGGGGCACUAAGCAGCCAAUCUCUACCUGGCCCAGACUUUAAGGUCCCUUUUAAAGCAUUGACAUCAACAAGUCUUCCUGUGGGAAGGCUGGGGUGGCUUCUCCGUUCUGGAGAAGAGGAUGUAAAGAGAAACAGACUUUUGACUGACCAUCCCUUCCUGGCUUCUGACAACUUGGGGGCGUCUUAGUGCCAUGUUACACAGCAGCUGGUUACCUCUGGUAUAUCCCCUUACUAUAUGCACAGUGCUCCUAAAUCUGAAGGUGCUGGUGGGCAGAUGAAUAGCUUACUCCCAAGAAAUGAGUGGCCACACUAUCACUUUUGGUCACUUCCUUUCACAAACUUCUCCAUGAGGAGCUCUGCAGCCUGAUUCCUCCCUUUCUUGACUACUCUUCUAGAAUACCUGUGAAAUGGCACCUGCUACCAGUGCUCUCCUGAAAUGUGAUCCAAAGGACAGAUUGGUUGGUACUUUUUGGAAGACUUGAAAACUGAAAAUGCAGUCUUUCAGGCUUUUCGGUUAAAAGGGUAUCUUGCUCCAUUCCAAUAGAAGAGCAGUGAAUCCCAAAAGCACUUCAGUGCCAUCAGGAGGCCCAUCCCACAAGUCCCAUCAUUAUAUUUGCAUUUUCCCUCUUUUCCGCCAACCCCAUGCAACUGUAAACAUGUUUACUGUAAACUGUAAACAUAGUAAACAUGUUUAACUAUCUUUCAAGUUCUUUCAAGUAUUAGCCAACCCCCUCCCCACGAGAUAAAUAAAAUGAGCAAAUAAAGAGCAGACUUUAUCCAAUAUAAAUUUGUUUUUAUUGAAGCAGCAGUCACAUGACUUAAUAUCUAGCCUUUAGAUUAGGCCUGACAGAAUGAGCCAGCCCUAAAAAAAAUGAUGUUUCUUUUUGCACUAAGAGACAUAACAUGUUUACAUACAUCAUCCAGUAUUGGAAAUGAGCAGAUUCAAACACAACAUGUGUUGGUUACCUGGGAGGUACAGCCCCACGGUUCGUGGUGUUCAUAUAUUUUACAGAUACUCCCAAAGACCAUUACUAAUGGGAUGAAAGUUAAAAGAAAAUACAGCUACAGUAAACCAUGAACACAGUAAUCAAAGACUUUUACACAUUUUAAAAAUUUGUCCCUUUCAGGGAUAUUUUCUUUCUUUUCAAAGCAGUGUCUGCAAAGCUUCCUCUACACCAAAUCCAAAGGUUUCCAAAAUGGAAGCUGCACCUCUUGGGGCUAUACAAUGGAAUAAGAUAAUUUUAAAGAACGAGAACUAGUGUUUGUAUCUUGAUUUUUUAACAAAGAUCCAUGUUUCUCUAAUUGGAGGAACGGAGAUGGCAAUGUGACUACAUAUUGCAGUAGCAAGAUAGGGUGAAGAAAAGAAGGUUGGGUACUGAAAUAAAGACCACACACUUGUGAAUUUUAAUUUCAUUUCCAGGCUAACCUACUUUUUAUUUAAUGCAAAUUACAGUACCAGUUAACUAUUUCCAAACCAAGUCACAUAGAACGAAAUGUAUUUACAAGGGAAUGGGGAAAGGGGAAAAAAAACAUUGAGCAUACUUUUCACAAAAAAGUUUAUAUUUAAAAUGAAAAAAAAUCAGUCACAGAGGCAUUCAAGUAGUAAUAAUGUUAUACAGAUUUUGCUUUUCCUUUAUAUCAAGACAGAUUUGCACAAGUGUUUGCAAUAGUUUGUAUACAACCCACAGUCCUUUAUAUAUAUAUAUAUAUAUAAUAAAUUUUGUUUAGAUUUGUUUUUAAGAUGGAAGUGGUCACGCUAAUUGGUAUGUGUACAGGCCCAAGUGAUCCAUCGGCAACACAUUUAUAAUGCAAAUUUUACAGGCAAGCACAUUUUCAUACAUCUAUCUGUAUCUGCCUGUAGACAGAUAUUAAGAAAAAAAACUGAAAAAUGAACACAAGGAAGUCUACUUUGUCAAGCUAACCCCUUAUGUACUGGUUGUCAUUUUGCUUUUAUUGCAGAGGUGCAAAACGGAGCAACAAACUUGAAUAAAACGUCAUAACCCUUGUGAAAAUAAUCCAAACCCCAGGGAUUACUUUCAAAGCCUCUCAGACGUAGACCUUAGUCUGGGACUCUACUCUGCUUCUAGUUGUCUCUCUUAUUUUCAGUGGCUCAGGUUUCUACCAGAAAAGACAGAUUUUAUUGUAAAGCAUGCUUAGUUUAUUUUUCUAUAUAGGGGAGAAAGUGUUCGGCUCUGUGAUUAGAUGAUCACUAACAUAAAAAAUAGAAAUCAGAUACAAUUUUGGUUUAAAACAAAGGAUAACCCCCCAAACUCCUGGGGAUCUGGCAUUGGCCAAACUUCCUUUGGAAGAUUUCCAAAGUUAAAUCCCUUAAAAAGGAAAGGGAAAAAGAAAUGCCAGUGUCUUUAUAUCCACAGGGAUAGAGAAUACAAUAGUCCUCUCAGAAACCUUUGCAUUGGUGCAGACAAGAUGACUGGUUAGGCAGGCUUUGUUAAAACACAAACCAAAAAUAUGUGUCUAAAAAUUAAGAGGACUUAAAAAAUGGACACAACAUGUCACUGGAAAGAAGGUGCAGUCUUCUGCCUUGCUGGAAUGAACACACGAUGUUUCAAAAAUAGCAACCUUUGGUUUGGUAAAGUUUGUUUUUUUCUUCUACUCAAGACAUCUUAUAUGGAGUACUUGGAGGCAAAACAAAUGAUUUUUUUUUCUUUCAAAAAAGGUCUUCAUGAUGGGCAUACAGUAAGAAUCAAACUUAUUUAAGAAGGAAAUGAAAAUGACAUUUCACUGAACAGGGAUAGAGGUGGCAGGAGGGAGGGGAAAGGUAAGAGUUCUCUUGUUAAAACAACAGUCCUCUGUUGGCAUGUCCUCUUGGCUCGGUGGCACUCGACGCAGUAACUGCUAGUAAUUGCACUACAGCAUUUCAGACCACUGAUGUAUCAAAACCUGGUACUAUUAAGAAACUUGGAUUUAUAAAACCUGUCUCUCUCUCUCUCUCUCAUUUGGGAAGGAAGUAGAUAAGGGGCAGAGAGCAUGGAAGGCUCCCGGAACCUGCUGUUUUGUAAGACCUGUGGUUGGGAUUUGGGGAAGAGAUGAGCAAACUUGAAUUGAUUCGGUCUCUUCCAGCUCUAGGGCUCCCUGGCACUACACAAAGUCCCUGGAUGGACUAAGUAUGAAAUGAAACCGGUCACCGCUGACUGCGGAGGAAACAGCUGUUCAGAACUGAAACAAAAGCAGGGCUUAAAUGAAGUGAGAUCAUGGACGAGGUUUCCUCUUUGCACUCCUGAGCAUGGUAUCACUGAAAUUAACUGUGGAAGGGGCAAAGACACUGUUAGGAGUGAGCUAUUAUUUCAAAGGGAAAGGGGUAGGAUAGGGAGACACGGGUAGAAAAACCAAUUAAAAUUUGAAAAAUGA